UUGGACCUAAACACGCGUAUAAAAUAGAAUAUAAAUUAUAAUAUAUUAAUUUACAUUAUAUCGUGAUACUAGUGUGUAACUGUUUAACAAUAUACAAAUAAUAUACACCUACUUAAUUCGGUGGUGUUUUUUAUUUUCGUUAUAAUUGUGAUUUUUAUUGGUUUUACAGUAAUAAUGCCGUACGCACAUAGUGCGUCGUCGUCAGAUGAAAUGUAUUUUGAAUAAUGUAUUUAUAGCUUACCUAUAAGUACAUAAUAUAUAUGUGCGUAUAAAACCAUACUGUUAAUAGUAUAGUAAAUAAUACCUUGAAGACCACGACAUCGUAUAUGCUUUAUAGUUGAUACAAACGCAUACAAUGGAACAAUUUUGGCAUGGUUUGUUGAUCGGUUGUAUCUUCACGGUGACGGUGUGCAGUUCGGAAGACACGAUACCACGUCGAGUAGUUCCAAACUCCGAUGAGUAUCAAGACGAAAUCGUUGCUGCUGAAGAUCACGAACACCACAGGAUCAUCAUCGUGGUGCCCAAAGAAGUGCCGCAGCACGUGAACCACGUGCACACGUACAAGCUGGCCGGCAAGGGCAUUCCGCUGAUCCACUCGGGCAAAGUGGUGCACGACCACAAGCACAGCGGCAAGGUGGCGCACGAGCACGGGCACGUGGGCAAAUCGGCGCACAGUCACAAGCACGCCGGCGCGUACGGCCACCAGCACAAGCACAUCGGGUACGUGGGCCACAAACACUUCGGCAAAGUGGGCGUCGCCGGGCACAAGCUGGUCAAGCAGCCGCCGUUCGACCACCACCGCCAGAACAUGCUGCUGCACAACGCCGCGCACCAGCUGCACCUGCAGCACCAGCAGCAGCUGCUGCAGACCGGCGACUAUCUGGUGCAGCAGCACGGCGCCGCGGGCGGCAGUAGUGGCGUGCUGCAGGCCGGCGGACGCAGGCCCGCGUCCGGCGGUCGCAUACAGUUCGUGCCGUCGUCCAAGCCGCGGGGCCUGGGCUCGUUCAUGCCCGCCGAGAUCCAACAGUUCGUGCAGCACAACGCGGUCGUCCAACACCAACAGCAUCAGCAGCAGCAGCAACGGAAUCAACACCAACACCAACAGCAGCAGCAGCUUCAGCAUCAGCAGCAUCAGCAUCAGCAGCAGCAGCAGCAGCAGUACGCGGAUUACGACGACGACGAGAGCGGCGGUGGCCGUAGCGCGUCGCCGCCCGCGUACAACGUGAUACACUUGAGGGUGCCCGAUCACCAAGAGCCCAACGUGAUCAAGCACGUGGACAUCGACUUGGUCAACAACGUGGCCAAACUGCAGACCAGCGAAAAGCAUCAGCCGGUCACCGCCAAUUUCAAGUCGGUGACGCAAUACAACAAGGUGAUCGGACACGGACGUGCUGUGGCCGCGGCAAAUGCCGAGGACGAGUUCGACGCGCAGACGGAUGACGAGGACGUGGGUGGCGAGUUAUUGCUGGAAGACGUCGGUUACCGGUUCGGCGAGGGUUACAAGUUAGCGAUGGACACGUCCGGUGGCUUGGGAGCCCAUGAAUUUUCCUCCGCUCAGGAGCAGGACGAGGAGGAGGCAGACGAGUCGUUCAAGGAACCCUCGGGCGACGAACCCUCCGACGGCGGCGGCGGCGGCGGCGGCGGUAGCGGUGGCGGCGGAAGCAACAACAACGCCUACAGCCAAAUGUACAGUUUACAGUUUUGAUAUAACCUUCAACACAAUGACCCAGUCUUAUGAAAUUGUUAUAGUUUUGUAGAUUUUUUUUUUUUUACAUAUAAAUUAUUGUUUGUUUUUAUUGCUAUUUUUGUUUUUAUUUUGUUUUAUAAUGUAAUGUUGUAUAACGCGCCGUUAGUCGUUGCAUAACUAUAUUUUACGUACGGAUUUGUUAUUAUAAUAAUAUAUUUUAUAUUUUACUAUGCAAUAUCUUAGUCGUGUAGUUUCCUUUCGUGUAUUUGUUUGCUACACGCUCCUAUUUUAUAACGUUCGAAUAAACUAUUCUAAAUUCGUAACGCAGAGUUACGAAAAUACUUUAUUGCGCUUUGUACAAUAUAAUAUUAUGUUU